CGCGAGCAGUGUUGGUCUCCUCCUCUCCUCUGUAGCCCCGGCUCCAGGUGUGGCGACUGCUAUGUUAAUGCUGCUUGUCUGUGGGUCAUUGCUUCUGGAAGUGCCGCUGAGCAGCCAAGAUGCAGCCCCUCCUGGGGCCUCUGGUCCUCCAGGCGCACCUCUGUAUGACUUCGCCAGCAUCCGCCUGCCCGAGGAGCACAUUCCCUUCUUUCUGCACAACAACAGGCACAUUGCCACAGCCUGUCAGAAAGACCCGCGGUGCCCUUAUAAGAAACACUUAGAAAACCUAAACUACUGCUGGGGCUAUGAGAAAUCCUGUAAGCCAGGCCUCAGGUUUGGGAACCCUGUGUGCAGCUAUGUCGACCUGGGUACUGCAUUGUACCGAAGUGCCUUUGACCAUCAUGGUGGUGAGGCACUUCAGGGAUGGAAGCCAGAGGGCAGCUUUCCAGUCUUGGCCCCGCUACUUAGUAGUGACAGGACCUCGGACCAGGGUGACUCGGGGCUGGUGUGUUCCCGUUAUCUUCAGUAUUGUCGUGCAACCAACCUCUACCUUGAUUUAAGAAACAUCAAGAGAAAUCACGACAGAUUUAAGGAAGAUUUUUUCCAGAGGGGUGAAAUCGGAGGACACUGUGAACUUGAUACUCACACAUUGAUGUCUGAAGGUCAGCGCAAAAGCCCUCUGCAGUCUUGGUUUGCUGAGCUACAAAGCUAUACUCAGCUCAACUUCAGACCCAUAGAAGAUGCGAAAUGUGACCUGGUCAUCGAAAAGCCAACCUACUUCAUGAAAUUUGAUGCAGGUGUUAACAUGUAUCACCACUUCUGUGACUUCCUGAACCUUUACAUCACUCAGCACAUCAACAACUCCUUCAGCACAGACGUGCACAUCGUCAUGUGGGACACGAGCUCCUAUGGGUACGGCGACCUGUUCUCUGACACGUGGAAGGCAUUCACGGACCACGACGUUAUACAUUUGAAAACGUACGACUCUAAGAGGGUGUGUUUUAAAGAAGCUGUCUUUUCAUUACUCCCCCGUAUGAGGUAUGGCCUGUUCUACAAUACCCCUCUGAUAUCAGGCUGUCGGAAUACUGGAUUAUUCAGGGCAUUCUCCCAGCACGUGUUACACAGACUGAACAUCACGCAGGACGGACCCAAGAUCAGAAGAGAAAAAAGGAAAGGAAGUUCUGAAUGUUUCUCUCUUUGUCCACCCCACCCCUACCCCCUUCAGCUUGUAAAUGCACUGAAGACGGUGUCUGCAUUCGAAGUCCAGAUCGUGGAUUACAAAUAUAAGGAACUGGGGUUUCUAGAGCAACUCAGGAUCACCCACAACACAGACAUAUUUAUCGGGAUGCACGGAGCCGGCCUGACCCACUUGCUCUUCCUUCCGGACUGGGCUGCGGUGUUUGAACUGUACAACUGCGAAGAUGAGCGCUGCUACUUAGACCUGGCCAGGCUGAGAGGCGUCCACUAUGUCACCUGGCAACGGCGUAACAAAGUCUUCCCUCAAGACAAGGGCCACCACCCAACUCUGGGGGAGCACCCAAAGUUUACCAACUACUCCUUCGAUGUAGAAGAAUUCAUGCACCUUGUCCUCCAGGCUGCAGACCAUGUGUCUCAACACCCCAAGUGGCCACUGAAGAGCAAGCGUGAUGAGCUAUGAAUGUGUGCAGUCCAUUUGCAAAAAGAGAGUAUUUAAACCAGUUACAUCCAGAUUCACUAGCAUACCUGGAUUCACAUUGAAAUCAGUACAGAAGAUAGCCCAAGUACUCUGUUAUUUGCUACCCCAAAAUGAUCUUUUCUAUCCCCAAGCCUACCCUCAAGAGAACACUUGUUUUAUAGUUUUUAAGUCAGCAGUUCUCAACUUGUGGGUCGUGACCCCCUUUGGGGGUCAAACAACCC